AUGAGGGAGGAGGAGGUCGCCUUGCAUGUUCCAGGCCAUCAGCGUGGCGCUGCAAUUCACGCCAAGUUGAAGCAGUUCGCGGGGUCCGCGGUGUUCAGAAUGGAUCUGACGGAACUCGACGGCCUCGACAACCUCGCGGCGCCGUCUGGCGCCAUCGCGACGUCGCAGGCGGCCGCGGCAUCGCUGAUGGGCGCCGGCCGCUCCUGGUGGCUGGUCAACGGGGCCACUGCGGGCGUCCACGCCGCGAUUCUAGCCACUUGCCGGCCUGGGGGGACCAUCAUCAUGGCCAGGAACUGCCACCAGAGCGCGUUCGCCGCGUGCUCUCUCGCAGGCGUCGUCCCCCACUACAUUCACCCAACGACCGACCCUGCCCUGGGCAUCGCGCACGGCGUGGAUCCCUCGGCGCUCUCCGCAGCGCUCGCGCAGCACCCGCGCGGGUCCGUGGGCGCCGUCCUGGUCGUCUCGCCGACGUACUUCGGGGCGUGCGCUGACGUGGCAGCGCUGUCUGACUUGUGCCACGCGCACGGCGUGCCGCUCAUCGUCGACGAGGCGCACGGGUCGCACCUCAGCCUCCUGGCGUCCUGCGCGGAGCACGCGCGCGGCGAGCGGCCCCCGAAGGCCGCGCUGCAGAGCGGAGCCGAUCUCGUGGUGCAGUCGACGCACAAAACGCUCGGCUCGCUGACGCAGACUGCGCUGCUGCACGCAAGUCAGGAGAGCCUGGGCGCGGGCCGGACCGACGCUGCUAGGAUUGCAAAGUGUCUACGGACGCUGCAGACGUCCUCGCCGUCGUACCUGCUCAUGGCGAGCCUCGACGCGGCCGUCGCGCGAUGUCGGGACGAGCGAGACCUCUUCUGCGAGGCCGCGCAGUGCUGCAGGUGGGCGAGGCGCGAGCUGCGGCGCAUGGGCGUCCACGUUCUCGACGCGCCGUCGGAGGAGGAGAGGAACACCAAUCGAGGAUUCGUGUCUCAGGAUCCGCUGCGGCUGACGGUGGCGGUGGACCCCGCCCUCGCGGGCGGCCGGGACGGCUUCGCAGUGGCCGCGUGGCUCGAGCGGCCUCCGCGCUCCAUCGUCGCGGAAAUGUCCACCCCGAAAGUGGUGGUGUUUUGCGCCGGGGCCGCCACGAGGCAGCGCGACGUGCAGCGCCUCGUAGCGGCGUACACGGAGCUCCUCGACGACGACAGGCGCGCGCAGCCGGGCGCUGGCCGCGCCAGCGACUCUCGGUCCGCUCCGGAAUUACCGCCAGGCGAGAUGGCAGAGGCGCCGGUCAUCGCGCUGACCCCUCGAGAUGCGUUUUUCGCUGCGACGGAGGCGGUGCCGUUCGCUGAGGCGGCAGGCCGGGUAUCCGCGGAGCUGCUGAGCCCGUACCCGCCGGGCGUGCCGCUGGUGGCGCCAGGGGAGGUGUUGACGGAGGGAGUGUUGUUCACCCUGAGCACAGUCAAGGCAGGGGGGGGGAGUGUGGUGGGGCUGGCGGACGGCAGCAUGGAGACGCUGCUCGUCGUGGUCGAGGCCGAGCAGCAGCUACGCGGAGAGCGAUGA